GAUGGGACUACAAUUCCCGUGCUCCGUCUCCAACAUGGCGGACUGAGAGCUGGGUGCGAUUUCUACAGGAAAUACUUUCUCAUACACAGCGUAUGUUUGUACAGGGCUGCCAUUUUACCGAGCUUACGGAAAGCACAACACAGGAAAAAUGAAAGAUCAAGUGGUUCAGCUCAUAUCCAGCUCAUACCAUGAGCAUUUACUUGGGGCAAUGUGGAAAUUAAGAGUCAAAGGGAACCUGUGUGAUCUCACAGUGCAAGUGGAUUUUCAUGGGGAACUGGAAGAAUUUACAGCCCAUCAAAUAGUCCUUGCCGCAUCUAGUGGCUAUUUUAAGACCCUCCUCUUAGCAGAGGAGCGAGUGGAAAAAAUAUUCUUAAAUACCAUUUCACCCGAGGUCUUUACCAAAUUCUUAGAGUAUGUGUAUUCUGGAAAAAUGGAAGUUGAGGAGAGCUGCCUCGACAACAUAUUAAAGAUGGCGAAGCUUCUUGACUGCCAAGACCUUGUAGAAACUUGCAACACCAAACUUCUGGCUCAUAAUUCUGAAAGUGCCCUAGCUAGCAAAGGCAAAUUACUGAAGGAGAGGUCAAAAAAGGCUGUAAAGAGAGCACUAGAUAAAAGGAAAAAGCUCAAAAUUACACUGAAAACCAUAAGCACUGAAAGAGGGGACAAAAUACUGCUACAGGGCAGGAGGAGCAGCAGGUUAGCCGGCCGACGAGUCGUUGUAGACUUCAACAAGAAGAAGCCGUACCAGAAAGCAGCAUCUCCACCUGAGGCUUCUGAUGCUUUUUUGCUUCAAGACAAAUCAGAGGCAACAGAAGGUGCUUCACAAGUGGUCGGAGAAACAGAAUCGGACGUUACCACUGAGCCAGUUUUACACCAGAAGGAGGCUGUCACUGACAGUGGCUCUGAAUCACCAUACACUUUCAACCGUGACGUGUCGGAAGAAGAGUUUCAAGAAUCUGACGUACCACCUGCUGUCAUCGAAGGAACCGAAGCAGCUGAAAAGGAAUGCAAGCCAGUCGGCUCGAAAUACAAUUGUGACAUGUGCUUCCGUUCAUUUCGCUAUGAGAAAAGCUACUUGAAGCAUGUUAAGGUUAGUCAUGGACUCCAAGCUGACACGACUUACCGCUGCAGCGUCUGUCAGCAGACCUUCGCCAACCGCUGCAACCUGAAGAUUCACGAGCGGCACGUGCACAGUGACGAGCGUCUCUUUCUUUGCGGCAUGUGUGGUAAGGCCUUCAAGCGCAAGAAGGAUGUCACGAGGCACAUGAGGCAGGUGCAUGAGGGUGGAACCGAGCGACACCACUGCCCAAUCUGUGGCAAAUCUCUGAGUUCGAGGACGGCUCUCAACCUGCACGAGAGGACGCACACGGGGGACAAACCCUACAGCUGUGAUGAGUGUGGAGCUCGCUUCUCCCAGAGCUCAGCACUCAAGACACAUCAGAGGAUCCACACUGGUGAGAAGCCUUUUGCUUGUGACCUGUGUGAUGCCAGGUUUACCCAGAACCACAUGCUGGCUUAUCAUAAGCGAUCCCAUACAGGGGAGAAACCCUAUAUGUGUGAAAAUUGUGGGAAAAGCUUUGCCUCUAAAGAAUACCUGAAACACCAUGCAAGAAUCCAUUCAGGCUUGAAGCCAUAUAAGUGCGAAAACUGUGGAAGAGCAUUUGCACAGCGGAACUCUCUCCAUCAGCAUAUGAAAAUUCACACAGGUGAGAGGCCUUACCACUGUAAAGACUGUGAUAAGCAGUUCACUCAGCUCAAUGCUCUUCAGAGGCAUCAGAGGAUCCACACGGGAGAGAAACCGUACAUGUGCAGCAUGUGUGGCCGAACAUUUACAGACAAAUCUACUGUCCGCCGACACACUUUGACCCAUGAUAAAGAUACACCUUGGAAGAAUUACCUUGUUGUGUUGGAGGGUAAUGUAGAGGAACGUGUUAAAAAGGCAAAAGGUUCAUCUGUAAGGAAGGACAAGGCAGCAGUGAAUGCAGAUGAACAUCAGGCAGCGGAGGAUCAGACUGAGGUUAAAACACAGGAGACGGUGUCUAUACCAGAGGAGCCAGUGACUAUCUCUGGAGACUGGGCUGACCCUGGCACCAUCGCUGUGGUUAGUCAUGGAACACUGGCCAAUCUGACUGUUAUCCAGACAGAGGUGCCACCUGGUACACAGCUGCAGCCCAUCGUCACUGGAAACGGAGCCAGCGUCAUUUCACUAGAGAGUUCCACUGUUGGUAUCCCUGUUGCUCUGCCCUUCUCCAUUCCUAUCUCUGUUGCACAUUCCAUCUCUGGCUCAGCCUCACUGACCGGCACAGUCGCUUUCAGUGAGGCAGCCACUGUUUCUGAUGCCAUCUUGGCUCCAGCAACCUCCGCAGCACCUGUAGCCACAGUCACAGAAGGCAUUCUCUCUCCAGUUGAAGUCACUUUGUCUACAACUAGCGAAUGUGUUACAACACAGUCAGAGGAGGAGCAGAUUGAGGAGGCACAGCAGUCAGAUUUACACCAGACUGAGCAUGUGCAGAACACAGAAACAGUAGAGGCCAUGGAGAUCUCUACAGUAGAGUAGUUUUAAAGGCUUUUUAGUGGGUCUUGCUUAUACACUGUAUCAGUUGGGGAUUCUUCUAUUUAAUGUGAAUAUAGCAAUGGCUGUUGUAUAAGAAACUAUAAAUAAUAUUACUCAGAGGAAAGAUUCCAUUUCUGUUCACAGGACCGCUGAGUGGUUUCUUUAGGGGAUCAAUGCUUAGAAAGUAGAACUAUUUAUAUUGCACAAUAAGAAUGGGGAUAUUAAAACAAAAUAAUUGUUUGAGAUUUGUGUUGUGUGGUUUAAAGAUCUUGUUCUGGUAGGAAACAUUACCAUAUUUUUUUUUUUUUUUUAAAUGAAAAAAUAUACAUAUAGCAGUCAAUCAUGUUGUAUAACCAGUGGACAAAUAUAUUAAUCAUUUGGAAAUUA